UUCAACAUACUGUUAAUGCGAUUGAUUGAAAUACGAUUUGGAAGGUUUUGUUUUACUCUGGCCUGUCUAGUCUUGUUUAGUGUUUUAAUAAUUGGAUAAUUGUUUUUCUCAGACCUUUUUUUCACUUGUGUGAUCAAGUUUCAGUUUAUCAUAAUGCGUCUCAAGUGGGAUAAAAACAAUAAAGGAACCAUAUUGGAUGAUCCAUUCAUAUCUAAGGUUUCUCUUGGUGAUAGUAAGAUGGCCAUUUUAAGCUCAAAUCCUUCUGAUGAUGAAGAUGUAUUAUUCGAUGAAUCUGAGACCAGUCGGCUACAUAAAAAUGAUCGGUAUGAUGACGAGAAGGGUUCAACCUUACCAACAAGUCCUAAGUUAAAUAUUUAUAAAGGAAUCGUUUUCUCAGCCUUGUCCAGUAUAUUCUUUUCCAUGUCUUCAGCGAUUGUCAAGUAUCUCAAGAAUAUUCAUCCGGGCGAGUUGGCAUUAUUUCGUUUCAUAGGUAUUUUCAUUCUCUCCGUUCCCCUUGUGUUUUAUCACGAAGAAAACUUCUUAGGGCCAUCAGAUUUAAGAUUAUUCCUGGUAUUCCGAGGUAUUGCUGGUUCUACUAGUCUUUUCCUUCGCUUUUGCGCCUUCCGUGACCUACCAUUUGUCGAUGCUUCUGUUAUCAUCUUUACGGUCCCUGUUGUUGUUACGAUUUUUGCUUGCGUAUGUCUUAAUGAGCCUUGUGGGUUAUUCCAAACUUUCAUUGUCACCUUAACCAUGAUUGGACUUUGUUUAACUGUACGACUCCCAAUUUUAGUCGAAGAAGAAGGUGCUGUUUUCAAUCACAUAUUGAACAAGAUGCCGAAUAGUUCUUAUGUACCUGACAUCAAUCAUCAAGUCUCAAAUCAAACAAUUUUCAAUAGUCAUGGACAGCAACCUGGGUUCAACUUUUCUGAAGCAAGCUAUCUCAGAGGAGUCCUCGCUGGCUUAAGUUCAACAUUCUUUGCUGCUUCCGUUUAUAUUAUUUUACGCAGAGUUAAAGCAACGCAUUAUUCGGUAAUCAUGUUCAAUUUCGGGAUGGUUGCAAUAUUUGAAACUGCCCUUAUAACCACAAUUCUUGAUGGUUUCUCAAUUCCUUCAAGUUCAGAGGAAUGGAUUCUCAUAAUCUUCCUCAUGCUAUUCAGCUUCUUAGGCCAAAUAUUAUUAACCAAAUCACUCCAAAUGGAACAAGCUGGCCCUGUGGCAAUAGUCAGAUCAGCGACUGAUAUUGUCUUAGCAUUUGUGUGGCAAAUAUGGUUCUUCAAUCAGACCCCUGAUUUUUGGUCCGUCAGUGGUGCCUUUUUGGUAGUUUUGUGCAUCUUUUUGACCAGUUUAAGGAAGUGGAUUCUUUCAUUACCUGAACACUCGAUGAUAAAACAUAGACUCAAGUUUGUUAGAUGAACAAAUUAAUUAUUUUCUUUGCUGUGCUCAUUAAACAGCAUGUUAAAUUCUCGCACCUUGUGCUAAUUCACCAAAAGAAGUUAUCUUCAUUCCCAAGCCAAAGCAAACUCAAAAUCAAAAAACCAAAUGGUCCCGGCUAUAUCUUCUGUAUGGACGGUGUCCAGAUUUACCAAACAAAUUUACCAAAAAUGAAAAGCAAGCAACUUAACUUCUUAGCUCACGGUUAAAUGUCAACUCCUCGUCGUUUACCCAAGACAUCUUUGAGCCUAAGCGAUAUCAAUUUGUCGGUAACUUGCAAUAUUGUUAUCAAUAUAAUUUAAUGUUCAAGAUUCCAUUAUUUUUACUUCCAAAUACCUUUUAUUAAGGCUAACUAUGAUAGUCCAUUUUGUUAGCCUUAAAAGAUGUGAUAAAUACAGUAUAUGCUUUUUAUUAUUUUAUCUCGACAAAACAUGAAUUUCUGCCCUUUAAUCGAUUAGGAGAUGUCAAGUGGAUGAUCCAUCUCAGUCAGCUUGAUUAUAGAGGAAGAUCAAUUUAAAUCAGAAAGCAAAAUCUAAUAUUAUCUUACCAAACUUUCCCUUUCAUUAUUAUUCUCAGAAUUUUUUUUCCAUUCAAAAAACUGACUUAAAUGAGAGAAAAAAUUUUAUUUAAAUUCUAUUAAAAUCAAAAGAUUGCCCAUGCCUUCAGUAUUAACUUACAGGGAGAAACAAACCUUUGCCUAAACAUUUUCUUACCCAAACUUAUCUCAUAAGAACUGAGAAUUGGGUGGAAUCCUUGAUUUCUGUUAAUAACUUAAAAUUUCUAUCAAUUCAGAGUAUUUUAAAACAAAGAAAUUUUAAUAUAUUAUUAUUGAAUGAUAACUAACUUUAAAAUCAAUUGUUACCAACUCAAACAAAAAAUCCAAUUCAAUUUGAAAGAACCAAAAAGUAAAACAAUUUACUUGCAUAUAUUGUAACUAUAAGAACUAUUCAUGUAUUAUCAUCAUUCUUAUGAUUAUUGAAUUUAAUGUCUAUCCAUAUUGAUCCUUAUGUUGGACGAAUUCUAGUCUUUGUUAAUCCAAAAAAAGAUCAACUUAAUGUAAAUUGCAAUCAUAAUGAAAUGAAACCUACAACAAAGUGAGAUAAUUCAAAUGUAGUAAAUUUAUAAAUAUAUCAACUGUCAAACAAAAAACAAACAAUCCUAAUUAAAAGAUAAAAUUAUUGACAA